AUGGAGGACGGCUAUCAAAACCGGACUGCCUUCAUAAAAGGUGCCAAAGACAUUGCCAAAGAAGUCAAGCGGCAAGCCACUAAGAAGGUGGGCCGCUCGGUUGAUCGAAUGAGCGAUGAGUACAGCAAGCGCUCCUACAGCCGUUUUGAAGAGGAUGAUGAUGAUGACUACCCCAUGCAGGGAAGCCAGGAUGGAGGCUACUACCGUGGAGACAGCCAGGCAGCCAAUGAUGAUGAGGGUGGCCACAGUGACUCCACAGAGGGUCACGAUGAGGAUGAUGAGAUCUAUGAGGGAGAGUACCAGGGAAUUCCCAGGGCUGAUUCAGGAAAAGGUAGUCUAGCUGGGGGUCCAGGAUCGGUGAGAGCUGGAGCUCAGCAGCUCAGAGAUGUCGGUGUGUCCGAGGCUGAGAGAAGGAAGGACCAAGAGGAGCUGGCUCAACAGUACGAGACCAUUUUACAAGAAUGUGGCCACGGGAAGUUCCAGUGGACCCUGUACUUUGUACUGGGGCUCGCACUCAUGGCUGAUGGUGUGGAGAUCUUUGUCGUCGGGUUUGUGCUCCCCAGCGCUGAGAAGGAUAUGUGUCUGUCUGAACCCAACAAAAGCAUGCUGGGUCUUAUUGUAUAUUUUGGGAUGAUGGUUGGGGCUUUCCUGUGGGGGGCUCUGGCUGACCGGAUAGGCCGUCGGCAGUCUCUUCUCAUCUCUCUCUCUAUCAACAGUAUCUUCUCUUUCUUCUCCUCCUUCGUCCAGGGUUACAGCACCUUUCUGUUUUGCCGUCUCCUCUCAGGCGUUGGAAUCGGUGGCUCGAUUCCCAUCGUGUUCUCCUACUACUCUGAAUUUCUGGCCCAAGAGAAGCGUGGUGAGCACCUCAGCUGGCUCUGCAUGUUCUGGAUGAUUGGAGGAAUAUAUGCAUCUGCUAUGGCCUGGGCUAUAAUCCCACAUUAUGGAUGGAGUUUCCAGAUGGGCUCGGCGUAUCAGUUCCAUAGCUGGCGUGUGUUUGUGCUAGUGUGUGCUUUUCCAUCAGUUGCAGCCAUCGCUGCCCUUAACGCCAUGCCAGAGAGCCCACGCUUCUACUUAGAGAAUGGCAAACAUGAUGAAGGCUGGAUGGUUCUGAAGCAAGUUCAUGACACAAACAUGCGAGCAAAGGGAUACCCAGAGAGGGUGUUUUCUGUCACCACAAUCAAAACUGUGAAGCAGAUGGAUGAGCUGGUGGAUAUUGGCACGGACGCUCCUGCCUGGCAGCGCUACAGACUGAAGAUUAUGAGCCUCUCCCAACAGAUUCGGAAUAACAUCCUUGCCUGCUUCCGACCAGAAUAUAAAAGGACAACCUUCAUGCUCAUGGCUGUUUGGUUUUCUAUGUCUUUCAGCUAUUACGGCCUGACUGUGUGGUUUCCGGACAUGAUCAAAUACAUCCAGAAGCAGGAAUAUGAAUCGCGCACAAAGACCUUCACUAAGGAACGAGUGGAGCACGUCACUUUUAACUUCACCCUGGAAAAUCAAGUGCAUCGCCAAGGAUACUACUUCAAUGACAAGUUCCUUAACCUGAAGAUGAAGUCCAUGGUUUUUGAAGACUCUGUGUUUGAGGAGUGCUACUUCGAGGACAUCACCUCCACGCACACCUUCUUUAGAAACUGCACCUUUGUUGCAAGCUUAUUUUAUAACACAGAUUUGUUCAAAUACAGAUUCGUCAACUGUAAACUGGUCAACAGCACGUUUCUCCACAACAAGGAGGGCUGCAUGCUCGACUUCAGCGACGACUUCAACAAUGCCUACAUGAUCUACUUUGUCAACUUUCUCGGCACACUGGCGGUGUUGCCUGGCAACAUUGUGUCAGCUCUAUUAAUGGACAAAAUUGGGAGGUUAAGGAUGCUGGCCGGAUCCAGUGUCAUAUCGUGCGUCAGCUGCUUCUUCCUGAUGUUUGGAAACACUGAGUCGGGAAUGAUUGCCCUCUUAUGUCUGUUUGGUGGCAUCAGCAUCGCCUCGUGGAACGCCCUGGAUGUGAUAACGGUAGAGCUCUACCCCUCGGAUAAAAGGACCACAGCGUUCGGCUUCCUGAACGCCCUCUGUAAACUGGCGGCCGUGCUGGGGAUCAGCAUCUUCCAGUCAUUUGUGGGCAUCACCAAGGCUGUACCCAUCCUAUUUGCCGCUGGCGCCCUUGCUGCCGGCAGUUUCCUUGCUACAAAGCUGCCUGAAACAAGAGGCCAAGUGUUGCAGUAAAGCAGACGACCAGCAGAGGGCAGCAGAGUCCAGCUGGAGUUUGUGUUUAACUAGAGCCCGAACAUCCCUGAGAGCUUCAGCGCUGCUGUCACAAACCAACAAAACAGACUGCCAUCCCCAUUGUAAGCCCAGAAUCCUUUGAAAUGUGGAUUGCAUCAUUCAAAGUCUAUACAGACACGCAGUGAUUAAAAGAGGAGAGUACACAGUAGGUAGAAAAAGAUGACGAUACAUUUGUAAUAACUUAAUUUCCACUGCUUUGUCAGGUAUUUAAAAAAAAAAAAAUCAGAUCUUUUAUGGAAGAGUCACUCUUAGAGGGUGAUAAUGUGCAGGCAGGAUAAGACACCCACAGAUGUACAGUGACACAGAAGGAUCAAAUGAAGGAGAGGAAACUGAAAAAAGCCAUUUUUGAAGGAACGAGAAUGAUUUAUUCCGUGUAUGUGGUGAGUUUUCAGAUGUGAUUGUGCUGUUUUCUUUCUCGUCUGUCCUCGACCUCAGUGAAUGCUUACAGUACCGCUGUUUAAUGUGCUGUGACGUUACUGGAACAGUUCAGUUUACAUUUGCAUCCAGACUGUUGCUCAUAGACUUGUUUUCAAAUAUUCUCAAAAUGAAUUUCAGGGUGAACUUAUUUUUCUCUAAAAAGGAAAAAAAAAAAAAAUGGCCAUGACCCUUGAUCACUGCCUGACCCGCUGAGCGCUGUUAUUCUCUACCAAAUACUGUUAAAACAUUCCAGUGAGGCUGCAUUCAUUCAGACACAAAGAGUUCAAAGUGCUUUUGUCCCUGAAUGAUUCCAGUCCUCUGCUUAGAGCCUCAAAACACAGUCAGGUGAAGAUGCAUUUCACAGGAUUCUCUGUUGUAAAUGGGAAUAGUUUGAUCCAGUUCUUCAGUGUUUGGUGUUAAACCGAUGUUUUCCCUCCGUGUCGUGUGGCAGUUUGACGAUGUUCUCGAGGAACGUCUGUGGGACGGAUUUUGGUCAAGUGCUAAACGUGAGAGCAGAUGCACAUAGUAUCUGCCUAAGUUAGUGGUGUGGCUGUGCGUGUGUUUGUUUGUCGUGUGAUCUCUUCAUUUAAAUUCCAGUGUUUCAUGCAAAUGAAAGCACAGAUCAUAUUUCUUCACUCAGUGGGAAUUUUAAUGCCUAGUUAAAGCAUGCGAGUCUGGUACAAGGUGUAAUGUUUAAGGAUUGUUCAGAUAACUAAUGAACAUCACAGUGUGUGUGUGUGUGGUACUUUCGGCUGCUCUCUUAUUUCCCACAGCAGAUGGAUCCGCAUGUUUGAUUUGGCACACUAGCUUGUGACCCCCUGAGGUCGGGUUUGUGUCUCCUCCUGGUCUCAUGUAAUUUAAAGGCAUUAACCACCACUCCACAGAGCUACCAAGGAAUGAAUUAUAUCCCCAUUUUUUUUCAUUAUCCUAUUCAUCCCCUCUAAGGGAAAACCCAGAUAUAACCCAAAACCCCAGAUUUGAAGAACUUACACCCCUGGUAUGUUUGUUGUACAUACAGUGUAAUGCACCUCCAUCCUAUAUGAAAAGUAGUCAUGCCCCACUUGCAGGCUUUUACCACAGCUUUCAGGUGUACCCUGCAGUGUUCAUGAGCUGAUCAAUACAAGCACACAAGGCAGUCCUCAUGCACCUGAAAAAACAAAAAAAACGGCACCAUAUUCAUAAGCACAAAUCAAAUGGGAAAAAGAGAACAAGAAGCUGCAAAAACAGAUUGAUUAGGCAUAGCGACAAAAAAGAAAAACAUCAUUUUAUUUUAAGGGCUCCUGUCCAGACAUUCCCACACUCUAUCCAUUCCCGCUGGAAAAGAUUGAAAUUAUGUGACUCAUUUUGUUUCAGUGGUUUUAAUGGGCUCUUAGUUUUGAUUGGAAAUGAUCAGAAUCACUCUUAAAGGAAAGCUGAUUGAGUACACUUUCAUUCUUUAAAAAUGUCACAGUAUUUUAGUAUCAUUUCUCCAAAAUGUACAAUAUGUGUGCUGACAAUCAGUGAGAGAGUGUGACAUUUUGACCGAAAAACGUCCUCUGGGUUUUGUGUGUGUGUGUGUGUGCAUGUGUUAGUGUGGUUAUCACCCCCCUCUAUAGUAAAAAAACACCCUUGUUUACUUCUGGUACCUUAGCUUAGCAUAAAGCCUGUACAUGGAGGAGGACAGCUUGUCUGGCUCUGCUGUUUCCCAUGUUAAGCUACGCUAACCUAAGCGCCUGCUACCUGUAGCUUCAUAUUCAGUCUAUACAGACACGAGAGCAUCAUCUUCUCACUAAAGAAUGCAAAGGAGACUAUCGCCAAAAUCAAUUUCUUUAAAAUCUUUCUUCAAAUCUACAUGCUGAGGAUCAGAACUGAGGGGUGUACUAUGAAGCGGGAUUAGUGGUUUAGCCAGCUAUGUUGAGCUUAACGUCAAAGUUUUCGGUCUCGCUUUGUCUGUGUCUCUUUAGCUGGUUAUACCACCGUGGUAACUUACGCUGAAGUGCUGCGUUUCCACCGAUUCCUUUAUUCACAGCAAGUGUAGCCUAAUGUAGAUUCUCUGGUGGAGGAACAUGUUUUAUAUGUGCAAGUUCAAGGUUUGCAGCCAUCACAUUAGAAACAAACUGCAGCACUGAGAGUGUACUCAGCUUUUUUUUUACCAUUUUACCAUCAUAUAUUUUAUGUUCUUUAUACUUUUUUUUUUUUUUAAAUCACCACUUUAUCAUCAUCAUCAUCUGAUGUGGAAUGAGAGUCACAUGUUUUAUAUGACUUCAGAAAGCACGGCUUCACAAAGAAAGUUGAUAACCACUGUCAUGAUACCAUUAUCUUCAACUGUCUGGGUUUAGGUUUUGUUGAGCCAGCUAACACAAAGAAAACCUGGCUGUGUUGAAUAACCUUUGUAGUACACCCCUCUGUUCUUUGCUGUUUGUGUACAAAGUUGUGCAUAUUUAAUGAACAGAUUUGUCCUGUCUUGUUCCUGUUGGAAAGACUGUUUUGAUCUGCAUGUGUGGAUGUAUGUAUGUGUGCUUGUGUGUGUGUGUGUGUGUGUGUGUGUGUGCUGACUAAAUCGUCUGUCACAUAUUUUUCUACUUUCUUCUGUUGCGAUGUUUUCAUCCCUGUGAUGAUUACCGCUCAGCUGGGGACCACGGAGUAUAUUUACACUAUGAAAAGGAGAAAAAAAACAAGACCUAAUGCAAUAUAUGCAGUGUAGAAGUCAGUGUGCCGUUCUUCAUAACAGACUUGGGUGCUCUUUUGCUGACAUAGCCUUUGAAACAAGUCCCAUGAAAGGCAGCCAGAAAUAACACACGGUCUGCUCCUCGGUUUAGAAACACGCAAAAAAA